AUGCCUUCAUGGCCGUCUCCAGAGCCGGCUACUUGUGCCAAACUCACAGCUCAUGUGGCUCAAAUCCUGGAUGAAUCAGGGGUUGGAAGUAUCGCCUGGGGCCAUCAGCCCUUCAGUCUAUUCCAGUACGAUAGACUUGGGAAAAUGAAAGUCCAAGAGCUUAUAUUCGUGAUCAAUGAUAGACAGAUCCAAGAUGCUAUCAAUGCCCUGGAGAACGUUGCAGGAUUCCCCGUUUGCACCAAACCAAAAUGCAUAGAGUUGGAAGAACAGCGCAUGCUUUACAUGGACAAAGUACGUCAAGAGCAUGGGGCACGACGCCUAAACCCAGCUUUCGGGCUCAAUGCACCAGAUCGACAGCAUUGUGUUGGUGUUGCGCAUUUCCACCGGGGCCCAGACUCUGAUCCAGACGCUGUUUUCAACCAAGACUGCGAGGAGAUUUUUGGUCUUUUGGGCCCUGGUUCCCACGUCGUUAUCACGCUUAUGCGCCAGGGUGAAAUGAUGCCCUGGCUGUCAGAGCUAAAGCCCGGCCCUCCUGCUGCUAAUGAUCCCCAUCUAACAACAUCUCAUGACUCUAGGUUCCCAGCCAGGGCAGAUGACGGGCCAUCAGGCCCAUGGAUUGACUAUUACGCUGUGCAGAUGCUAAACCGGGAAUCGUUCGUCGAGUCCCUGAUAUGGCUGCUGUGUCGGGAUCUGCAUAGGUUUGCUUACACCAUGUGGUUUCCUAUGAUAUUUUCGCUAAAGCGCAGAGACAAGGAAGGCUCUAUAAAACUGCAGUCCGAGGAGUUCGGGCAUGUCUGGGAUGACUUGCUGACCGGAAAGCUGCUUCAUGGAACAGCCCAACUGCGUGAGAGGCUGAUUGCAGAGCGUCGUCUCCCAAAGGAUCUGCCUCAUAUUCCGACCGAUGACCAGUUCGACCCAUUUCCAGGAGUGACGAAGGCGGCAGAGCGUAAUCCUGUACUCGGUGUGGCUUUUGAUGCGCUGCUACAUCUGCUAACAAAAGGUGCAUCGCCCUGA